GCCGGGCAGGCGGCGAUGUGGGGCUGCGGGGCGCGGCGGGGGCCCGGCUGCCUCUGGCUGGCGCUGGCGCUGGCGCUGGCGUGGGGCGGCCCGCGGGUGCUGGCGGCGGAGGGGGAGGCGGGCGGCGAGGCGCCGUGCGGGGCCGAGGGCUGGGCGCAGGCCGCCGGCCCACCGGGCCCGGUCGUGGCGGCCGCGGCGUCGUACCGCGGGCCGGGCAACAACGACACGCGGGGCAACAAGGCGCUGCCCAUCGUGCUGUGGUGGAGCGGCAGCCUCUUCCCGCACUUCCCCGGGGACACGGAGCGCAUCGACUGCCCGCGGGGCUCCUGCCUGGCCACGCGCAGCCGGCGGGUGGCGCGGCACCGCCGCACCAAGGCGCUCAUCUUCUACGGCACCGACUUCAGGGCCUACGAGGCGCCGCUGCCCCGCCUGCCCCACCAGACGUGGGCGUUGUUCCACGAGGAGUCCCCCAUGAACAACUACCUGCUCUCGCACCCGCCCGGCAUCCGCCUCUUCAACUACACGGCCACCUUCCGCAGGGAGUCGGACUACCCGCUCACCCUGCAGUGGCUGCCCAGCAUCGCCUACCUGCGGGGCCCGCCGCUGGCCCUGGCCGAGAAGGACGCGUGGCGGCGGCGGGGCUACGGGCCCGUGCUGUACAUGCAGUCCCACUGCGACGUGCCCUCGGACAGGGACCGCUACGUGCGGGAGCUCAUGAAGUACAUCCAGGUUGACUCUUACGGGAAGUGCCUGCAUAACCGUGAGCUUCCCAGUGAGCGACUGAAAGACACUUCUACAGCCACUACAGAAGAUUCCGAAUUUAUGGCUUUUAUUGCCAGGUACAAGUUUCACCUGGCCUUGGAGAAUGCCAUAUGUAAUGACUACAUGACAGAAAAGCUGUGGCGUCCAAUGCAUUUGGGCGCUGUCCCAGUAUACCGAGGCUCCCCAUCUGUACGGGACUGGAUGCCAAACAACCUCUCCAUCAUUCUUAUAGAUGACUUUGAAAGCCCUCAAGAGCUGGCUAAGUAUCUUCAUUUCCUGGAUGAGAAUGGAGAGGAAUACAUGAAGUAUCUAGAGUAUAAAAACCCCGGGGGAAUCAAAAACCAGUUCUUGUUAGAGACCUUGGAGAGGCGGGAGUGGGGUGUGAAUGACAUGACUUUGCCCAACUACCUGAAUGGCUUCGAGUGUUUCGUCUGUGACAGGGAGAACGCCCGGAUCAAAGAGGAGCAGGAACACAAAAAGUCUCGUGGGAAAGUUCCAGCUCCUAGGCCUCGCGUAGCUCAUUUCCAGCACAUGGGAUGCCCUAUGCCAACCCCUGGGUUUGGAAGUGUUGAGGACCUCUCUGGAGGAGACAGUUGGAAAGAGAUGUGGCUGCAGGAUUAUUGGCAAAGCCUGGAUCAGGGUGAGGCCCUUACUGCUAUGAUUCAUCGGAAUGAGUCGCAUCAGGGAAGAUUUUGGGAUUAUAUGCAUGAGAUUUUUCUCAAGAGGACCAGGCAACACUGACCCAUCUUUACAAGAGCUUGAUCUGAAAACUGCAUUGAAAGUUGAGACUGAGAAUUCUUACUUCACUCCAAAUGUUUGCCUUGAAGUAGGAGAAAAGCCUCCUGCAGACACUGUUUUUCUGGUGCAUGAAGUGAGUAGUUCUCUGUUGUCGUUGGAUUUCAUCUCUGGAGAUGUGAGCAACUGCUUUUAUUUGAAUUUCAGCUCUGUGGUGUGAAGGUGCUCUUGAAGUACAGGUGUCUACAUAAGAUGCACAAGAAGAGUUUACUCUCAUUUUGCAUUUGGUAUAGUUUCUCUGUGGCUUCUGUGACUACAGAGGAAGAUGUUUUCAGACUGCUCAAGUACCCUAACUUAUUUCAGGGGCUUUUUUAUAUCCAAAAUCCUCAUUGUUUUUUUUUUUUUUUUUAAAUAAAUAUUUCACCACUUACUCUCCUCAAUAAAAGUUUACUAUUACCUGCUAUUAACAAAUACUUUUUCUAUUAAAGGAAUUAUAAAAGACUGAUGUCCUUGGAGAGCAGCUGUGCCUUAUGAAAUUGCAGCAAUAAAGACUUUUCUCUCCAAGUAAAUGUGCCUCAAAUGUUCCUGCUUUUUCAGGGUAACUGGAUACCUAUAGGCAGGUCAUUUUCUUUCUGCUAAUUUUGCUAAUUUUCCUAUUUUGCUAACUUUCCAGGUGCAACAAUGGGAUGAGAGACUAAAUUAUUUAACUCACAACUUUCAACCAAGUAUUUGAAAGCUUUCUGCAAAGACAAAUACUUUUUAAGGAUGGUGCCUUUCCAAUAGUCUCUACAGUCUGGAUACAAACCAUGCAGUCUUUCUGUACUGAGGUGGAUGAUCACAAUCAAGAGCAGUGAGAUUGUUUUUGUAUCUAUACCUAAUCUUAAAUCAUUAUGAUCCUGGUCUGUGACUGGAAUUCCUAAAAGUAAGUGAUGACACAUAAAUGUUCUUUACUGCAUAGCCUGUAUCUCUUACAAAAAUAAAUAAAAUCCCCUGUUCCCUGGUAUGCUGGUACCUUUCUGAAAAAAUUGAUUUUGCACUGGAGGAAGAUGAGUUGCCUUAGCGUGAGGGAUUUCAAAUCACAGGUCACACUGCAGCAAUGUUUGUAAUGAUACAAUAGUAUUUUUUUUUUUCCCCAUUUCUCCCCCCCUGUUCAGAAGUAACUACUGACUAAAUAGCUAGAGUUUAUCCAUGCCUAAGAUAAAUUUUUGGUAAUGAAAGUGUAGAAUCCUUGUUGUUAGCUGAUUUUUAUAAGGUAGUUCAUGCAUUGCUAGGGCAAGCCUGAAGCCUAUUAGUAAAAGUAGAGAACCAGGCUGCAUUCACAUUCUGUCCUUAAUUAAGCCAUUAUCUGUUGCUUUUCUGUGUAUGGAUCACUUAAUCUAUUUUUUUUCUCAAAUUCAUAAUAUUCUAGGUAUAGAUACAAUACUAGCAUAGGUAACGAUAUACAUCCCAGUGUGUGCUUCUCAGAUGAUACCACAGUGUUGCAGUGUUAAAAUACGGGCACUGGAACAGAGCAGAUCUACAACUGUUGCUGUGUUCAUGCAGAUGUGGAAAGUGCACGACUUUAGCAUAAAAUAUGCAUCUGAUUUUUUUGUAUAAAAUAAGGAGAAAUUUGCUUUUUUACAAUCUCCCUUCUAUAAUAAUAAUAAGAAGAAAUGUCUCUUCAGCCAAAAUGCCUUCACCAGUUUAUAUUCCUUUUUUCGGGUAUUCAGGGUAUAGGAAUACUUAAGUGAAUCUAUCUGAAUUAAUUUUUAAAGUAGAUUACUCAAAUCAGAUUAAGAUUGUAGAUAGGUGUAUUCAGGAUUAAAGUGGUCACAGUGCUUGAGAAGUAAAUUAAGAUAAAACAAAUUAAGGCUGCAUUAGUUCUGAAUAGGAACUUCUACUGAACAGCUUAGUGAGAUUUAAAUAAAUUGUUUGAAUUUGUCUUGAGUUACUUCAGAUUCUCUUUGUUUCACAUAUUUGUAUAGAAAAUCAUUCAGGUCCCUUUGACUGUCUUUAAUUACCGAUAUCUCAAAACCCUUUCUGAUCCAAGUUUUGUUGGGAUAGGCAGGAGGAGAAAUUCUGAUCUUGCUUUUUGUACUAAACAUAAAAAAUAAAAAUUCCAGGUGCUAGCACAUUCUGCUUUUUGCUAUUUUAUCCUAUAAUUUAAGCAGAUUAUCUGGAAGUGGGGGACAAACAACCAAGUCCCAUCUGUUUUUUUUUUUUUAUAUUUUUUCUGCUUUUACCAGAAUUAGACAUGAUGAAUUUAAUGUAUCGUCCUUACAGGAGUAACAGUAUUAAGUAUCAAUAGCAACCAUCUGUGUAUCAUAACACUUGUUUAGUUUUUGAUUAACGGGGUCCUAUACCCUCACUUUACCUUUCUUCACAGCAAAAUGAACAUACUAUUGUCAACUGAAGAUACGAUCAAGUAUCUUCAUAUUGUCAAGUCGAAGAUACGGUGUACAAACUUAAGAGUAGCUAGCAACCUGGAUAAAAACCUACUGUUUGGUACUCUUCAUGAAUUAAUUCAAAACCCUUACCACCAGUAUUCCUUCACCAUUGUUUAUUAUCUGUAUUCAGUACAUUGUAUCCCCCAGUCCAACAAGCUUGUUUCUUUGUUUUACAGUCUUUUUUCCUCUACAGAAGGCUGUUGCUUUGAGCUUUGUGACAGUUGCCAAAGACGAGUAUUUCUAAUUGCAACAUUCCUUCCUAAUGCUGGUAUAAAAGUAGCAUAGAUAUAAAGUAACUUUGUUACAAAUGUUUGCUUAUUUUUUGUCUAAAGCUUUCAGAAUACAACUUAGAGGUUGUUAGUCACAAGCCAACUUCAACAGCUUUCUCUUCUUAGUCACCAUCUUCAUAGAUUUAACUGUUUUUGCAGUCUCACAAUUGGUGAACUUCGCAGAAGGUAAUGAAUAUCAGGUACCAAUCUACAGCAAUGACAUUCACCCAAACUUUGUUUCUCUUGUACCUACAGAAUUUUUCUUGAAAUAAUAGAUUGUUCUACCUGUAUCUUCUCCUAUAUGUCACAAUUAAUGUUUGUGAUUUAUAAAGUGUUUUUUUUUUUUUUUUUUUUGUAUACUAAAUGUGUUUUACUUGUUGUAAGGGGUGCACAAGUAUUAAGGUUAAAAUGCUUCUUCCAGUUUGUAGUAUGAAUAACUUCUGUACCUGCCAGGGAAACUCUUCUGUGGCAGGAGAAGCGCUAAUCUUCCCAGCUGGCUGAAGAGUUGUGGCUGCAGUUCUUUUCUGGGCUGCUGACUGACCUUCCCAACCUUUGCUUCUCUGGACACCAAGGACUAAAAAAUGCUGAAUAAUGGUAGUUCUUCCCACCAGGAUUCUGCUUUCAUCUCUCUCUUUUUUUUUUUGGAGGAGGCAGAAGGAGUAGCUGGCUUUCAUAGCCUAGAAGGGCAUAUGCAUUUUGUUACUGUCCACUUUGCUUGUACCUUACACCAGUACUGUAAUAAGAAUAUCCACUACCCUACAAAUACUCCCUUAUAAGUGCAAUAUUUGUAACUGUUUGAUAAUCUUAGAUUCUAAUUUUUAUAUAUAUUUUUUCUGGUUUUAUUUUCUUUUUUUCUUCUUUCUCUUUGGUCAAAGUGUUCUUUCUGAGAAUGCGUGUCUUUAAGACUGAAUUAUUUCAGGAAUAAAGAAUUUGAGAUUGA